AGUAUAUAGCUUUUACUUUGAUCGAUGUUUUCAUUUAUAGAGCUCAUACAUGGGAACUAUAGUUGUUGUUUAAGAUGAAAUGGCCAAUAUUAUGAAUACAGUUUGUGUGUUUUUAGUGGUUAUGCUUAUCUUUCAUGGAGCACGUACUCAGAUUCUUGCUAGACCGGAUGUCGUAAAUAUUGGCUCCAUAUUAACUUUGGAUUCCAUCAUAGGAAAAGUUGCAAAAAUUGCUUUAGAGGCUGCAGUACAGCAUGUGAAUGAUGAUCCAACUAUUCUUAAUGGCACCAACCUCAAACUAACCAUUCAUGACUCCAAUUAUAGUGGCUUCCUUGGUGUUUUGGAGGCAAUACAGUUCAUGGAGACCAAUAGUGUGGCGCUGAUAGGUCCACAAACAUCGGUCUUAGCUCAUAUGAUCUCCCAUGUCGUGAACGAGCUCAAAGUCCCGCUAAUAUCAUUCACAGCGACAGACCCCACAUUAUCAUCGCUUCAAUACCCGUUCUUUGUCCGAUCAACUCACAGUGAUCUUUUCCAAAUGGCUGCAAUAGCUGAAAUAGUCGAGUACUAUGAAUGGAGACAAGUGGUAGCCAUUUACAUAGAUGAUGAUCACGGAAGAAAUGGUAUAACUGCAUUAGCAGAUCAAUUAGCUGCUAAAAGGUGUAAAGUCUCCCACAAAGCACCUAUUAAACCCGAAGCCACACGUGCAGACAUAAGAGACAUUUUACUUCAAGUUGCUUUCGUAGAAUCAAGAGUUUUGGUUGUUCAUACUUAUGCUAAUUGGGGAUUAGAUAUACUUGAAGUCGGUCAGUAUCUUGGUAUGAUGGAUAGCGGGUACGUUUGGAUCACCACAAAUUGGCUUUCUACUGUUAUAGACAUAAGCUCUCCACUCCCCACCAAGUCUAUUUCCAGUAUGCAAGGAGUUAUAACAUUAAGAUCGUAUGUAAAAGAUUCAGAACUUAAAAGGAAGUUUUUAACCGAGUGGAAAAACCUUACGACGAUUGGCCUGUCAACUUACUCUCUGUACGCAUACGACACUGUUUGGCUGCUUGCUCGUGCUCUUGACAAUUUCUUUAAUAAUGGUGGAAAUAUUUCAUUCUCAAAAGAUGUCAUGUUGAAAGAUUCACGAGGAAGUCUCUUGAAUCUUGAUUCUUUGAGCAUCUUUAAUGAGGGGAAAUUGUUGCUUGAUAACAUUUUACAAGUCAAAAUGAAUGGCACAACAGGACCAAUUGAGUUUACUUCUGCUAGAGAUAUCGUUUUUCCAGCAUUUGAAGUUAUUAAUGUGAUAGGUACUGGGUUUAGGAGAGUUGGGUUUUGGUCAAACGCUUCCGGUUUGUCAACUUCACCUCCAGAAACCGUCAACACGAGCCUUCAUAGCCGCUCUGCUUCUCCAGAGCUUUUGUAUAGUGUAGUUUGGCCUGGUGAAACGAUUAAGAAGCCUCGUGGAUGGGUGUUCCCACAAAACGGAAACCAACUUAAAAUUGGGGUUCCAAAUCGAGUAAGCUUUGAGGAGUUUGUGGGAGAAGUUAAAGGGACUGAUACAUAUAAAGGAUACUGCAUUGAUGUAUUUACUUCUGCAGUCAACUUGCUACCAUAUGCUGUUCCUUAUAAAUUCUAUUCAUAUGGAGAUGGUCAUAAGAACCCAAGUAAUACCGACCUUGUAAGCUCAAUAAAUGCUGGUGUCUAUGAUGCUGCGGUUGGUGACAUUGCCAUUAUCACAAACCGGACACGAAUGGCAGAUUUUACUCAGCCAUUUACGGAGUCUGGGCUAGUUGUGGUUGCACCAGUGAGGAAGCUAAACUCAGGAACCUGGGCUUUUCUCAGGCCAUUUACUACUAAAUUGUGGUGUGUCGCUGGGAUCUUUUUUCUAGUUGUGGGAGCAGUUAUUUGGAUUCUGGAACAUCGCAUAAAUGACGAAUUUCGUGGUCCUCCUAAACAACAGAUCGUAACAACCAUAUGGUUUAGUUUGUCAACCUUAUUUUUCUCUCACAGACAAAACAUGAUGAGCAGUCUUGGUCGAAUCAUAUUACUUCUAUGGUUAUUUGUGGUUCUGAUAAUCAGCUCCAGUUAUACUGCAAGUCUCACUUCAAUUCUGACAGUACAGAAACUUUCUUCUCCCAUUGAAGGGAUCAAUAGUCUAAUAUCAAGCAAAGCUCCCAUUGGGUACCAAGAAAGUUCGUUUGUCAAAAAUUAUCUGGUCGAAGAACUUGGCAUUUCCGAAUCGAGGCUUAUACCUCUUAACUUACCAGAAGACUAUGAAAAAGCCUUAAAAGAUGGUCCAAACAAUGGAGGUGUUGCUGCAAUUGUCGAUGAACGUCCAUACAUCGAACUCUUCCUAUCGACCCGCUGCCAAUUCAGCAUAGUUGGCCAAGAAUUCACUAAAAAUGGAUGGGGAUUUGCCUUUCCGCGUGACUCUCCUCUUGCUGUAGAUAUCUCAACAGCGAUUUUGAAACUAUCAGAAAAUGGAGAGUUACAAAGAAUCCAUGACAAAUGGCUAAUAACAAGUGCUUGUAGUUCAGAAGGAGCAAAGUUUGCAGUUGACCGACUCGAGCUAAAGAGCUUCAAAGGCUUAUUCUUCAUAUGUGGGCUAGCUUGUUUGGUUGCGCUUUUUAUAUACUUGGUACUGAUCAUAUACCAGUAUACUAAACACAAGCCAGAUACUUCUGAGCCAUCUGGACGUAGUCUUAGAUCAGGACACCUCCGAACUUUCAUUUCAUUUGUUGAUGAAAAAGACGUGUCUGUUAAAGCCCGUUCCAAGAAAAGACUUAAAGAGGCAGGUUCGUGUUUGUCUAACCGAGAUGAUACGUGGGUGAAUGGAUUUAGAAGCACUCAGAGGGAACAUCUUUAGACAUCCCAGAUUGGUCGCAACAUGGAGCGACAUUGCAGUUAUAAUUAUAGGUGUGUGUUUG